CUAGAGACGCCGUGUCGCUCGUAUCCGCCACCGGAAGUGCGUGGAUGUGGAGACCAGCAUGGCGGACGGGGAGAGGGCACUUUUUGCCUGGAUGCGGUGGACUCCCCUGUGGCCGCACUGCUUGCUCGUGUUGUUUGUGUUCCUUUAUGCGGACGGUUGUGUCGCCGGAGAUGAGACUUUCAGUGUUGGGAAAAGCGCCGUACAUUCUGCCGCUGCGUUCUCAGUAGCCACGGAUCGAAGAUACCUGCUGUACGAUGUGAAUCCCCCUGAAGGUUUUAAUCUACGGAGGGACGUGUUCAUUCGCAUGGCUUCUUUAAUGAAGGCUCUCCUCAAGAAAGGGCCUUGGGUUCUUGUGUUGCCCCCCUGGGGACGCCUCUAUCACUGGCAGACUCCAGACAUCUACCAAGUCCGAAUUCCCUGGGGUGACUUCUUUGACUUGGACAGCCUUAAUAUGAACAUACCUGUUAUUGAGUACGAGCAUUUCAUAGCAGAGUCUGGUGGCCCUUUCAUAGAACAGGUGUAUGUCCUACAAAAUUAUGCAGAAGGGUGGACAGAUGGAAAAUGGGAGGAGAAGGUUGAUGAGAGACCUUGCAUAGAGCAACUCAUGUACUCGAAAGACAAGCAAGGAUAUUACCGAGGCUGGUUCUGGGGUUAUGAGGAGACGAGAGGCCUGAACGUCACCUGCUUGUCAGCCCAGGGACAUGCGUCAAUCGUGGUUCCCAUCCUGCUGAGAAACACAACUGCUCGAUCAGUGAUGCUGGAUAGAGCAGAAACACUUCUUCAUGAUCACUAUGGUGCAAAGGACUAUUGGGAUACUCGACGAAGCAUGGUGUUUGCAAAGCACCUCCGACUGGUAGGAGAUGAAUUCCGAUCCAGGUACCUUGAUUCUAAUGAUGUGGAUGACAAGACAGACUAUAAUGAAGACUGGACAAAACGAAAGAUACGCUCUGGUUAUGCAAAGGGUGGUCCUUAUCUAGCAAUUCAUCUUCGAAGAAAAGACUUUCUCUGGGGACACAGGGAAGAUGUUCCUAGUCUGCCAGCUGCUGUCAACACCAUACGUGAUAUUAUGAAGAAACAUAAACUGGACAAAGUAUUUAUUGCUACAGAUGCUGAUGAUGAUGAAUUAGAGAAAAUAAGUAAACUUCUUCCAGAAAUGAGAAGGUAUGAGCCAACUUGGGAAGAAAUGGAAUUAUACAAAGAUGGAGGAGUUGCGAUUAUUGAUCAGUGGAUCUGUGCUCAUGCAAGGUAUUUCAUAGGCACAUCUGUUUCAACGUUUUCCUUCAGAAUUCAUGAAGAACGUGAAAUAUUAGGAUUUGAUCCUAAAACAACUUAUAAUCGAUUCUGUGGUGAUAAUGAAAAAGACUGUGAACAGCCAACCCACUGGAAAAUAGUUUACUGAUCAAAGAAAUACACAACUUUUUAACGGUGCUAUCAUUUUAUGAAGAGUAUUAAAAUGUAUUUUCAGUAUCCACAUAUGCUGUUAUGCAGUGGUUAAAUGUUUGGAUGGUGUUGACAAAAAAUUAAACAGAAUGAUUUCAGUAUUUCACAAUACUCCAGGGGUUAUCUUAAGAUGUCCCAUGAAGUAGAACAAACAUACACCAUACAUAGAUAGACUAUUUAAAAGAUAAGCCAGCAUUCAGAAACAUAAGCAUUACAGCCAUUUAACAUAUUGUUAAGUGAUUCAUAAAAAUGAGUUUACAGACUCAGUGCUGGAAGUAGGCAUUGUCAGUGCUAAUUUAUUUCUUUAAUUCUUAAAUGUAAUCACGUUGUUUCUCAUU